AUGAAGGUCGCGGUGGCAGGAACAGGAAAUGUCGCGCAUUAUCUGAUCGAGGAGCUGCCCAAGGCGGGCCACGAGGUCAUCGUGCUUACGCGCAAGACCAAGGCCGGGAGGAACUACUCGCAGCGAGAGACCGACUACAGCGUUGAAUCUCUCCUCUCAGUGUUGAACGAAAGCGGCGCCGAAGGCCUGGUGUCAACCAUCGCAGACUACGCCAACCCGCCGAACGCGACGCAGAUCCACUUCAACAUGCUCGAGGCGUGCACGCAGUCCGAAAAAUGCAAGAGCUACAUCCCCUCGGAGUGGACGUGCGACGUGCAGAACUAUCCCGAGCAGCCGAUGUUCAUGGCGGAAGCGAACGACAAGCUGCACGGUAAGCUCAAGGUUGCGGAGGGGGUCCGGUGGACGGUGUUCUGCAACUCAUGGUUCGCCGACUACGUCGUUCCACCUGCAAAUCGUGUGCUUCCUGAGAUCGGGCCUUUAUGGCCGAUGGAUCACGAGAACAAGGCGUGCACCAUCUACGGGCCUGGCGAUCAACGCUUCUCCGUGUGCUCCGUACGCGACGCUGCGAAAGCGGUUGCGGCGCUUCUGAAUAGUUCCGAGCCUUGGGAGCAGUAUACCUUCGUCGCUGGAGAUUAUAUUACGUGCAAUGAGCUUUUCGCCGUCAUGAAGAAACGGGAUCCCGAGUGGACGAGUAAGAACAAAUCACUCGCGGAGACGGUUAAGAGUGUCGUCGACAACAAAUCACCCGAGCUUGCAAUGUUGGGUUACUUUGAACUUUUGAUAUACUCAGGCUCUUCGAGACUGCCAGAGGAUGCUGUUCAGCGGCAGCGAGACAAGUUUUUCCCGAAUAUACAUUUCCGGAGUAUGGAAGAACUUCUGGAUCUUGCAGGAACGCAAUCAGACAUCAUUGUUUAG